AUGGAGCACAUGGGGGACAUUUACGGCCAUACAGCCAACCCAGAUACAAUGGAGGCCAGCCGGCAUUUUCGAGGAUAUGCGAAGAUUGACCUUUCACAUUUCCAGUUGGAGAAGGAUAAUGUCCUUGGCUCCAGACCCGUAGGCAAGGAUGGUGAGGGUCAAAAUGCUUUGAGACUGCUAAAAAUAUUUGAGUCUGUAGGUUGUGAUCGCGAGGACCCCGCGAAUUACAUUCCCGUUCUCAUUAGCCAGAAUACUUUGGGCCAGGCAAUGGAUGACUCCGGGACGACACAGGAUGUGCUUUUGCAUGGUAUUAACCCCCCGAAUCUAAUCUUGAAGCAGGGCACAUGGCUGCUAUGUUUGCAGGGCAAGAGCCGCCUACGAGCAGCGCAGGAAUUCUUCUCACCCGCCCUUCCCACUGGUGCAAGAGAUCGGCUGCGAGAAAAGUACUCAAAUGAGCAGAAUUUCAGUGAUGGUGAUAUCUAUCGCAAUCUCCGAUCUCACCAACUACAGAAUAAUGGUCCUCGAGCAGAAGCCUGGUGGGCGAGAUGGAGUUCUGUUAAAUGUCGGCAUGUGCGCCAGAUGCAGAAGCAAGAACAAUUACUAAAACAAUUUGAUCGUCUCUUACCCUAUGUUGGGCUAUGGGCCCCAGUUAAUGUUAAACUCUUUCGGCGUGUUGUUGACUCAAGAUGUUAUGAAAGCAGAUUUGUAGAGUCUGGUCUGUAUUUCCUCAUGAUUCCGCUGCUCUGGUUGAUGCGCGCAGGCUAUAGUAUAGUAGUGGGUGAUCAGAGAGCAGCAUCAUAUAUAUCAUAUGUGCAACUGUGGCUCUGUGCUUUACGGUUAUUUGUGAUCCCGCUCAAGGAUUCCCAAACGUCCGAGAAUAUUCAUACAUUUUCAUCUAUCCGAGGUUUGCCUCUUUUGGCAAGGGAAGCCAUAAGCUUAGGUUUUAACUCACCAGAAAUUGAGAAAUUAUCUAACCGAGAUGCCAAUGAAGAAACAUGCCGCUAUUUCAUUGAGCAUAUGUGUCAGGUCGAACUCUAUGAACCGGAGCCAAGAAGACUUAGUGAAGCUGUGCGCAGAAUACAAAACACUCUAAAGCAACUUCAUGAGAAAAGAAAGAGAGCUGAUGGAGCACCAGCAUUCAGUACAAAUGCAACAAGCCAACCUCAGUGCCGUCGGUAUAAUCGACCACUUGCAUCCCAUAUUCAGAAUGACCGGUGCUACUUUUUUAUUGAGCAUAUUUACAGUCUUGAUCAAAAUAUUGCUGAACAUCCCACUUCAAUCGCGGUUACACGAGAGGUAUUAUUCUCUUUCUUUGGCAAGGAGCCCAUAUAUAAUCAACUUUUGGAACUUCCAGAAUCUUCAGUUCAUGAAGAUCACCCCUCAGGCAGCUCAGGCAUCUCAUUAGAUCAACCUACAUCAGAGCAAACAAGUGGCUAUAUUGCUGUGCCACCAGCAUCUCAAGCUCAUGGAGAUCAUUCCUCAGGAAGCCCAGACAUGUCAUUCAAACAACCACCUAGGAAAUCUUCCCUUUUAAGCAGCAUUGAGUCAACGGUGACCUCGGACCUUAGCGGCGACCCCAAUACGAGGCUUGAUAUAGCAGCCAAUCGCGGUGUGGAUGAGAUAUUGAAUAUGUGGAAUGCUUCUCAGGACGCCAGCCUCAUUAUCCUCUAUUUGUAUUCCUCUCGACAAUUCUACAAAUUUUGGAAUAAUGACCUCGCCCUUCAGUCUACAAUAUACUCACUUUCUAAAGAUCAUUUUUUCAUGCAUCUUGUUGGGAAAAACUGUCAAAGUUUAUCUGAUGAGAAAAUCCUGACAGUUGCCAAACAAGAGAGAUUGUUAUUUGUUGGUUCAAAGGCAGCACCUGCUUUGGCAUCAGUAGAUGACAUUCGGAACUAUGCGUCAAUGCAGGAUUCUAGCAAUGGGAAGCGGAAAGCAGAUCAGAUAACAAGAUCAAGGCAAGAAACAGAAAAUGAACAGGAAGAUCCAAAGCGGACCCGUGAAAUACAUCCACAGGAUGAGAUGGAUGCAGAAUUAUAG